CCUUCAUCUCGGCACUGCAGAUUGACUUCUCCUCCUCCAGCAUGGGUCACCAUUUGCCUCAACUCUGCGACUAGAUAAUUCUUACUGGUCCGUGAUGAAGACAGGUGGAACUAAGCCCUGGAUGACCACAGUCCAAUAUGCCUUCCUGCCAGGGCUUCUAUUUCCCUUUCCCUACAGGGCUAAACAGCAAGCCCAGCCACGCCCCAAGAGAUGCUUUUCUCCAUGGCAGAAGUCAGAGCUGCCAGGGCUGGGACGCGAUAGAGUGCAAACCUGGGUCUAUAAGAAAGUGGGCAGUGUGUGUCUGUGUGUCAGCCUCUCUGACACUCUCCUAGCAGACUGACUCUGGCUCAGGAGGAUUAUAUUGCUGGAACCAUGCAGGCUACUGUGGAGAAGACGGAAGAGGUCCUGGCAGGGCUGUGUGGGCCUGACCUUUACUGUCCUCAGUAUUUGUCUUCCCCUCUCUUCCUUUUAGACAAGUCUCACUGACCUCAAACUCAUGGCAGUCUCUCAUGUGGGACUGUAGGGGUAAGCUGUCACACCUAUCUUGUUCCUGCCCCUUUUGUUCCUGCACUAUUCUCAGGAGUGGUGCCAGUCUCUCAUGUGGGACUGUAGGGGUAAGCUGUCACACCUAUCUUGUUCCUGCCCCUUUUGUUCCUGCACUAUUCUCAGGAGUGGUGCCAGUCUCUCAUGUGGGACUGUAGGGGUAAGCUGUCACACUUAUCUUGUUCCUGCCCCUUUUGUUCCUGCACUAUUCUCAGGAGUGGUGCCAGUCUCUCAUGUGGGACUGUAGGGGUAAGCUGUCACACUUAUCUUGUUCCUGCCCCUUUUGUUCCUGCACUAUUCUCAGGAGUGGUGCCAGUCUCUCAUGUGGGACUGUAGGGGUAAGCUGUCACACUUAUCUUGUUCCUGCCCCUUUUGUUCCUGCACUAUUCUCAGGAGUGGUGCCCCUUUACUUUGGAGAGCACUGUCUGCACCUGUCCUUCAGGCCUCACCUCCUCCAACAUGCUCUUACAGCCCUAGCUCAACCUGACAUGCUUGCCAUGUGAUUCUGAGCAGGAGCAGUAGAAAGGGCAGGCCUGUCAGUUUGUUGGCUUUGCUCAGCCUCACAAGCAUCCUGAGUGCUUACACUGUAGCAGGCUUUGGUGCCAUGCAACACAUGUUUCCCUGCCUUGUAGUUCCUGACUCCGGAGUAUGUACUGUGCUAGGGUCUUGAAGAUGGAGAUGGUGUUGCCACACAGUGGUAAGCGGUUUCUGCAGUGAUGGCAAAGGAGAGCAAAGCUUUCCAGUGCAGUGAAACUCGAAACCUGUAGGAUAGAGCUGGAUAGAGACUAACCUCCAAGCCACACUCCUCGCCCAGGGCAUACAUUUCCUGACAGCAGCUAGGGCGGGGAAGGCUGUGUGCAGAAAGCAGCUGUGCAGGGUCUUAGUGGAUGGAACACAACACUGAAGUGCCGUCCUGUGCAGGCAUAAGAAGUCGAUGGCGUGAGGGCUAGGGAAAGCUCUGGUGGCGCAGACCUUUGUGGUGGUGUGGGCAGAGAUGAGUGUGUGUGACAUCAGCCAUGACAUGGGAGAGGCUCGAGGCAGUGGGGCAAGGGUUGAAGGACCACAGCAGACCAUGGGGACUGUGGGUAGGGGGGAAUAAUGUGGCGCCCAGGAGUCAAGAAUGAAGGACAGGGCUUUGGAGUUGGAUAGCAUAUGGAAUUUCAGGUCCCUAGAAUUGAGGAAGGAAGGUAUCCUGGCAGGGAUACAAUACUAAAACAGUUGUGGGGGACAAGAAUCCUCUCCAGAGCUGGUGGUGGGGCACACUCCUGAUUCCCUACAUUUGGGAGGCAGAGGUGGAAACAGGUGGAUCUCUGAGUUCAAGGCCAGCCUGGUGUACAAAGUGAGUCCCAGGACCACCAAGGUUACACAGAGAAAGCCUGUCUUGAAAAAAUUAAAGAAAAAAAAAAGUCUUCUCCAGGACACAAAGGGAGGCGGUACUGGUGCUGAUGCUGAGCCCUGGAACUAAUACCCUUUGUGAGGUGGCCCUGAGAAUUGGCACCAGGUUCUGUCCUGCUGGGGGAGGGGCAGGCAGAAGCCACAGUACGGACUGUGUAGGAAAUGGUUCUCGCCAUGCUGGGGGCUCUGUACCCCAGGGCUGGGCUCAGUAUCUUCCUUUUUUACCUCAUCCUGGCAGGCGCACUCCUUCGACCUCAGCCCCAGAGGUAAGGCCAGACCCCUCAGGGCCUAGAAGACUCUGGAAGAGGCUGACCAUUAUCCUGGGAAGGGUUCGUUUGUUAAGUCUUCACCCUGGGCUACCCCCUCAAAGGAAAGUGGCAAUGUCCUUUGGGGUCAGAGCUCAGCCCAGCAACAUCUCCCAUAGGUCUCAGCGAUCUGUUCCUGAGGAAUUUUCGGCCCCACUGGAACUCUCACAGCCGCUCUCAGGCCUGAUGGAUGACUAUGGGAUCAGACCCAAACACCCGUGGCCACGAGGGCCCCGACCCCUUCUCUCUCAAGCCCAGCAGCGCAAGCGGGACGGGCCCAACAUGGCUGACUAUUACUAUGAUGUGAAUCUGUGAUGGGAACCCCGCAUAAAGCUAUUAUGGGCAGCAAA